AUGAACGGCUACGGCUCUCCUUACCUGUACAUGGGCGGCCCGGUGUCGCAGCCGCCGCGGGCGCCCCUACAGCGCACGCCCAAGUGUGCCCGCUGCCGCAACCACGGCGUGCUGUCCUGGCUCAAGGGCCACAAGCGUUACUGCCGCUUCAAGGACUGCACCUGCGAGAAGUGCAUCCUCAUCAUCGAGAGGCAGCGGGUCAUGGCGGCGCAGGUGGCCUUGCGCAGGCAGCAGGCCAACGAGAGCCUGGAGAGUCUCAUCCCCGACUCUCUGCGCGCGCUUCCGGGGCCUCCUCCACCGGGGGACCCCGCCACCACCCCGCAGCCGCCGCCGCCGCCGCCGCCAGCCUCGCAGCCGUCCCAGGCGCCGCCGCCGCCGCGCCCGGCCUCGGAACUGGCCGCGGCCGCCGCGCUGCGCUGGGCCACCGAGGCCCAACCCGGGGCGCUGCACGUGCAGCUCGCCAAGCCAGACUUGACAGAGGACGGGCUCGGGGACAGCGGCUCCACCGACAACACCGAGGCCUUCAGCGACAAGGACGCCGAUGCCAGGAGCUCCCCAGAGGUGGCCAAGAACAAGGGCUGCUUCCCCCCGGAGAGCCCCGAGCUGGUGUCGGUGGAUGAAGGGGGGUACCCCGUCCAGAAGAACGGAGGCGGCCCCCCGGAGAGCCGCCCGGGGAGCCCCAAGUACCACGCGGCCUCGGCGGGCGGCGCCCCGGCGGCGGCGGCGGCGGCGGGCCCGGAGCAGAGCCCGCUGCUGAUCGAGGGCCCGUCGGGGACCGUGGCGCUGCCUUUCGGCCUCAAGGCCAACCGGCCCCCGCUGGAGGUGCUGAAGAAGAUCUUCCCCGCGCAGAAGCCCACGGUGCUCGAGCUCAUCCUCAAGGGCUGCGGCGGCGACCUGGUGAGCGCCGUGGAGGUCCUGCUGUCCAGCCGCUCCUCCGUGGGCGCGGGCGGCGCCGAGCGGACUCCGGCCGAGCCCGAGGGCCUCCUGCUGCCGUCCAACGCGCACCUGUUCGAGCACACCUUGAGCUCCUACCCGCUCUCCUCCUCCAAGUGGUCGGUGGGCUCCGCCUUCCGCGUCCCCGACACCUUGCGCUUCUCCGCAGACUCCGCCAACGUGGUCCCCACCCCGCUGGCCGUGCCCCUGCAGCACCCCUUCCCCCAGCCGCCUCGGUACCCCCUGAUGCUGAGGAACACGCUGGGGAGGAACCAGUCCAGCCCCUUCCUGCCCAACGACGUCACCCUGUGGAACACCAUGACGCUGCAGCAGCAGUACCAGCUGAGGUCCCAGUACGUCAGCCCCUUCCCCACUAACUCCGCCGCCCCGGGCGUCUUCCGCGGCUCCCCCGUCCUCCCCGCGCGCACCCCGGAGGACCCGCGCAUCUCCCUCCCCGACGACGGCUGUCCCCUGGUCACCAAGCAGGCCAUUUACACGGAGGAGGACUAUGACGAGAGAUCUGACUCCUCGGACUCCAGGAUACUCAACACUUCAUCUUAA